AUGGAUUUAAGGUGUCUUGAGGGAUCGAUUGGGCACGAAUCCAAGGCCGGUACCCCGGAGGCCGGGAACAAUGCUAUCGCCAAGAUCCGGGCCAGGGCCGACCCCGUCCUGAUAAGCGACGACAGGAGCCUGCAGAACCUCGUGGCCGCGGAGAAGAGCGGACAGGCGCCAGCCUACUUUGGCACGGUUCAGAAAGACAUCUAUCCGUACAUGAGAAGAAUGUUGUCGGUGUGGAUGUUGCAGGUGUGCGAGGAACAGAAAUGUGAGGAAGAGGUGUUUCCACAGGCGAUCAAUUACUUGGACCGUUACCUGAGCCGAGUCGCUAUCAAAAGUAACAGGUUACAACUUAUAGGGGCAGUCUGUAUGUUGCUGGCCUCGAAACUGAGAGAGAUGAUACCUCUGACUUCCACUAAGCUGUGCAUCUACACCAACUGCUCCGUGUCCGUGUCAGAAAUUCUGCAAUUGGAGAUGGAAAUAGUCUUGGCAUUGGACUGGUGCCUGGCCUCUGUGUUGCCCUCUGACUUCCUGGAGCUAAUUCUUCAUGCCAUAUCCUUUGUUUGGCCUGACCGCAUGCGAAGACAUGUUCACUCCUGCAUUGCCUUGGCAGCUGUAGAGUACGAGUUUUCAGUCUUCCUUCCUUCCACCAUUGCAUGUGCCUGUGUGGGGGUUACCAUGAAAAGACUCAAGCUUUUGGAUGGCUUAGGUUCCACUGAAUCAAUUCUGCAGAAAUUGGCUAACUAUUUAGUCAUUGACCUGGAAUCUCUCCAUCGCUGCCAUCAGAAGUUGGACUAUGUGCUGGAACUCAACCUGGCCUCUCCUCUACAGGCUGCAGAUGUUUGCACAUCAGGAACGCUCAGUGAUCAGCUACACACCAACUGAUAUUCAGGAUGCUCUCCUGACACCUGCGGCUCAGACUUUACCACAGGCAAGCAGGCUCUUACGAU